AUGACGCAUUUCGUCUCGCCACUGUCGAACGACGGCGGGAGAAGAGGGGACGCAGCCACGUGCCGCGGUGCUGACGGAAACGUGUCGGAGAUCCCAAGGCCCGCUGAUUGGGCAGCCGUCGUCGGGAAUCUCGAUGCUCGAUGCGAGGCGCAUUCGCACUUCUGCUGUGAUUCUAACGGUGGUGAUAAUACGGGACAUUGCGACGAUGUUGCUACCUGUACCAGUUGCGGUGAGGAGAGAAGCGGGGCGGUGUGGUCCGGUUUAAAAUGGCGAAAAUCCACGUUAUCAGCCGCUGCAGUUUCCGCAAAGGUUGCAGGAUUUGUGCUGCUGGUUCUGCUCGUGUGUUGCUGGCAGCUUUUGUCGGGACCUGAGGGUUACAUGGUUGGGGUGAACCGAGAGAUUCUGGGCGGCGAACUGCACAUGGUGAGUCAACGAGGGUCGGCUCGGAGGGAGCUGCCUAGCCUUACUGUCCGAGGCUCAUCGCCAGGCUCGGCGGAUGGAGAAGAUGUUGGCUCGGGUGAUGAUGGUUCAGCAGAGGUGCCGACCACUGCAGAUGAAACGGUCAAUGACAUGCCCGUUUCAACUAGUGACACAUUGAAAGAAGCUGAAACGCUUUCAGACGAGGCGUUAUCCAGCGAUGAGCCAUCUUCGCUGACUGAAACGUUGACUGAAACCGUUUCAAAUAACACGUUUACGGAUCUGGACUUACCUGAGACGGUUCUGUCAAGAUUUGGCGGACACAGCAUAACUGAACGUUCCACACCUGCCGAGCCUUCCACAUCGAACCUAAACCUUCCACCAACAUCCCCGUCAGCUUCGGAGCUAGCCUCGGUACCAGGCUCGGCAGUUUUCGAGCCAGCGGGGCUCUCCACCUUGACGGCAUGCUUGGAGGUGCUGAGGCUCGCUGCCGAAGCUGACCCGGAGGCUCGGCGCCUGGAGGAUUCUGGCUUGGAAGCUGAGAUACAGGCGUGGGUGGGAGGCAGAGGUUCUGGGGACGAGGGGAAAGCACCAGGAGAAGCAGAGGGAGAGGACCUAGCAGGAAGAGUUAAGUUUGCAACAGCAGUAGAAACAGGGGCAGGGGCAGAGGAAAGGGGAGGAACACGGGGAAGGGCAGGGGCAGGGGCAGGCUCGGAAACAGGCUCGGCAACAGGCUCGGCGGCUGGCUCGGAGUCAGGCGUACAAGACGACGAAGAGACACGUGUGGCGUAUGAAUGCAGAGCACUGAUUCAGAGAGGGUUGGGGCACCUUGCUGAGCUUGCCUCUGCCCGGGAUAGCAGCGGGGUUAAAUUUUCAGCUGCCCGCGAAAGAGACACGGCGGAGGAGGGUUCAGCUGCCCGAAAAGAGCGGUCGGGUGAUUUACAGAGUGAAGUAGUGUGCAGCGAUGCAUGGGAGACGACCCUCCGUGCUCGUCUGUCUGGGGAUGAGGAGAGUCAGAAGCGCCGCUCCCAACGCCCCUCUCAACCGCGCCGCCUGUCCCGCUUUCAUGCACCUCCAGAUGACCUCAAGGCAGCAUCGAUUUUUUCGGCAGCAUCUGGGGGAGGUGCUACCUGGCCCGAGUCCUGCUGGCCUAUACCUCACGUUCCAUUCUCCAGCCCCAGGAUAUUCACAAAUCCGCGUUUCCUGGUCCUCGCAUUCGCCAUGGAGCAAACCAGCAACGCCAGAGCGCAUCUAUUAGAGGCGGCCAGGCUGGCACGGCUGACAGGGCGGGUGCUGGUGCUGCCCCACGUGGGUAGCAGCCGUCUCUCAGUGGGACGACAGCACCCCCUCUGCUCCUACUGGGACCUCUCCCGCCUCACUCACUCCUCUCACUCCACCCCUCACUCCUCCUCUGACUCCUCUCAAAACCAUUCCUCCUCGUCCCCUCCCUCCUCCUCGCCCCUCCCAUCGCACCUCACGGUGGAGUGGGUAUCGCCUGAUCUCUUCCUCCUCCUCGCCCGCUCCUCCCUCCAACCCAACCCUUCCGUGGGCUUCAUGUGUGUUGAAACACCCUCCCUCAACCGGCCCUGCUUCGACUUUGGGGAGGUAGCAUCUGAGCUGGGUGCCAUUCUCACACACUCCCUCGGCCAGCUGCCCACGCGUGCCAACACGCAGGUCAUCACAGUCCGCAAAGCCUCCAGAUUCCUCAAAGCCUUCCAAAAAUGGGACCACACGGACGUGGUGGUGUGGGUGAAGACGACCUACAAGAAGAUGGCCAUUCGCCCGCCCACCUCCGUCCUCGCGCCCGUCCUGCUGCCCUACCACCCGCGCUGGCACUCCCUCGCUACCUCCAUCGCCGCUGCUCUCCCCCGCACGUUCAUCGCACUGCAUUUCCGAUCUGAGUACAUCGCAUGGCUCGUGGGAGGGAAGCUGCAGCAGGAGCAGAAGAUAGGCAAGCAGAUGCACUGGUGCGUGGCAGAGGCAGCAAGAACCGUGCACCAGGUGCAGCAGCAGCUCUCCCAGGGCAUGGAGGGUACUUCAGCCAAGGGGAGAAUUGAGGCGCCUCCAAAGGCAGAGGCAGCAAGAACCGUGCACCAGGUGCAGCAGCAGCUCUCCAAAGGAAUGGAGAGUACGCCAGCCAAGGGAAAAAAUGCCUCUAGUGGCUAUCAAGUAGGGCUAUCCAGUGAUGGCGACUCACCUUCCCAGCAGCUCUCCAAGGGAAUGGAGGAGCAGCAGCAGUCCAUCAGUGUUCAUUAG